GCAAAACUUAGUACACUACAAAAUGCAAAUAUAAGUAGCACACCGAAUGCCAGAGCGUAAGUUACUUGUACACGGUGCAAUGUCUUGUUUACUAGUGUCUAAAAGUGCUUCUUUCAGGUAGGGAUUUCUUUUGGGGGAAAGGAUUUUCAGCUUUGGAAGCCAAUACCCGGUGGAAGCAAGAUGGGCUUUCAUCGUUUGCUGUCAAGUGGUUCCAGGCGAAUGGAAUACGUUGCUGAAAGCUGGAAUUGUGCCUGUUUUGCCAGAAUUCCCGUAUAACGUAUUUCAAUCGAAUGUUGCAAAACUUUAAUGGUUGCAGAAGCUUCUCUUAACUGUGAGAAAUUUUCUGACGAGCAGCGUGGAAAAACCAACCAAUACAACUUAUACUUAAUGGCAAAUCCAGAAGAAACACCAUUAACAGUUAGUAACUGAGUGAAAGUAUAGCAAUUGAUAGACACUGAACCAUGGCAGCAUACACUGAACCGGAAAGACGGGUGGUUACACCGGAGGAUGUUGAGAAGUGGAUUGACUCCCCGGCUUAUAACUUGGUAGUAGAUUUUGUCCAAGGGUUACAGGAACUGGUUGUUGGAAUGACUAAUGAUGCCAAGAUCGAAGUUCCCGAGAUUGUUGAGAAGAUUGUUGAAGUGUUGGAUCAGGUGGAUGGCUUGAUUGAUAAACAUCCCGUGAUUCACGAAAAAGAUAUAUCAAGAUUUGGUAAAGUUGAAUUUAGGGAUUUUUAUGAUGAACUCCAAGAGAAAGCGGCUGAUUUUGUCAAGCCAUUGAUAAACCUGGUUGAAGGUGAUCCCAGUGUUGAGCUUAGGAAAUACUUAACGGAGUCAUGGGGAAAUAGAACAAGAAUAGAUUAUGGGUCAGGUCACGAAUUGAAUUUCAUAUCGUUUUUACUUUGUUUGAAACAACUUGAUAUUAUAAAUGAAAAUCAUUAUCAAGCAAUUAUACUUAAAGUAUUCACUAAGUACAUGGAAAUUAUGAGAAGGCUACAAAAAUUGUAUUGGUUGGAACCAGCUGGCUCUCAUGGGGUUUGGGGGUUGGAUGAUUACCAUUUCUUACCAUUUUUAUUUGGUGCAUCCCAAUUAUCUACCCAUCCAUUCAUGAAACCAAAACUGAUUCAUAAUGAUGAGCUUGUGGAAACGUUAUAUAAACAAUAUAUGUAUUUGGAGUGUAUUCAUUUCAUAAAUACUAUAAAGACUGUUCCUACAAAUCAAGGUCAAAAAUUAAGUUUGAGAUGGCAUUCACCCAUGUUGGAUGAUAUACUGUCGGCAAAAUCUUGGAUGAAGAUUAAAGAGGGGAUGAUCAAAAUGUAUAAAGCUGAAGUAUUGAACAAAUUACCAAUUAUUCAACAUUUUAUGUUUGGUAGUUUAAUUCCAGUUCCGGAAGGAGUUAGUGAUCCUCACUCCCAUCAAGAUGAAGAUGAAUGUGGCCAUGUCCACGCUAAUGAUGCAAUUAACACUUGGGGUGAUUGCUGUGGUAUUAAAGUUCCAAGUGCAUUUGCAGCAUCUGAAAUGAAUAAAAAAAUUAACGGUAGUAAACCAAUUCCUUUUGAUUAGUAUCAUUUUUUAUUAAAUAUAUAUAAAUCUAUUUAAAUGCUUAUUCUGCGU